AUGGCUGAUGAGAUUAAUCUUUCUCUUGAAGAGACUAAUGCCAUUCGAAGACAGCUUGGUUUAAAGCCUAUCGAACCUGGACCUAAAUCUGAACAAAAGAGACAACGUAUUGAACGGAGACCAGAACCCAAAGAGACCAAAACUGACAAUGGUGGAUUCCAGUUCAUGGAUAAUGAUAAAGUCAGCGGACUACGCAAGAGACUAGCCUCUUUGAGAAACUCACCAAGCUCGUCCCAUGUGCAAGAAGAUGAUAAAGAUUGGUUAAGCAAGAUCGGGACUCAGAAGAGACAUAAACCGAUCAAGGUGAUUCAUGAAGAUGAACCAGAAGAAGAACUGCCAUCUUUGAGAAUCUCCCAUGGAAUUGAUGAAAUCGAUUCGAAAAACGGCGUUGUUCUUACACUUAAGGAACAGUCUCUAAACGAUGAAGAUGGAGGCGAUGAUAUACUAGAGAAUACGGUAUUGACUCAAUCACAAAGAGAUCGUGAAAAUAUAAGGUUGAAGAAAUUGAAUAAGCAUAGAAAGUUCAAACCUUUGCAAGUGUCAAGUUUCGAUCUGGAUAAGGAUGAACGGUCGAAGGAUAACGAUGAGACAGUGGUAACAGUGGGCGGUGAAAACAAGGUUACUGAGAGCAAGCCUGCUGCUGAAGGUAAGAUUAAAGUCGAAUUUGAUGAGCAGGAUGAUGAAGAUGAUAACGACCACCCUACAGAUUUCCAGCCUGUCAAAAUUAAGAAAAGAAGCAAAAGAGACGUUAAGUCGAGGGUCAAAUUACCAUCCAAGAUCCAACCGGUGGCAUUGAUAGAUGAAGAUGAGGAUACUGAAGAAGCCCAGGAGCAAAUUUCAGUUGCAUCCAGACCACUGCUAAAAAACAGAAUACAGACACCACAGGAGAUUGCCCAGCAGAUUCAAAGGGAAAAAUUGGAAAGGCAGGACAGGUCUGCAAAUCUCGCACAAGUGAACAAGAAUUCAGAUCUAGUCAUUGACGAAAAUGUGCAAUUCCUGGAAUCUCUGAGAGUGAAUAUAGUGGAAAAUGAAAAUAAAGAGCAAGAGCAGAAAGAACAAGAAGGCCCCAAGCCAGUGGAAGUUGCGGAGUCCAGUGUCCCUGCAACUACAGAGUCGCAAGCCCUCGAUUUCUCCACAGGGCUUGCAUCAACACUGCAUUUCUUGCAAAAAAAGGAACUGCUGCCGUCCUCAAAUGACGUUAACCAAGACCCCAAUGCAGAAAUUAACUUAGUGUACCGAGAUGAAAUGGGUACUCCACUGACAACGAAGGAGGCAUACAAGAGGUUGUCACAGAGAUUCCAUGGUACAAAAAGCAACAAAAGGAAAAGAGAAAAAUUUGAGUCGAAAUUACGUGCAAGACAUAAUGGAAACACUAAUAAUAGCGAGAGGGAAUUGGAAUUGUAA